AUGGCGACGUUCGCCAAGCCGGAGAAUGCGCUGAAGCGCGCAGAAGAGCUGAUGAACGUGGGGCAGAAAGCCGCAGCCCUGCAGUCCCUGCACGAUCUGAUCACGUCGAAGCGGUACCGCACAUGGCAGAAGCCGUUGGAGCGCAUCAUGCUCAAGUACGUGGAGCUGUGCGUCGACAUGCGCAAGGGCCGCUUCGCCAAGGACGGCCUCAUCCAGUACCGCAUCGCCUGCCAGCAGGUGAACGUGCAAUCACUCGAGGAGGUGGUGAAGUAUUUCCUCAAGCUCGCCACGGAGAAGGCGGAGCAGGCGCAGGCGCAGGUGGAAGCCGCCGCGGCGGAAGCCGCGUUGGGGGAGGUGGCGGACCUGGAGGCGGAGAAGAGCCCCGAGGACCUGAUGCUGGGGUUCGUGAGCGGCGACAAGGGCAAGGAGCGCACGGACAGCGAGCUCGUCACGCCCUGGUUCAAGUUCCUCUGGGAGGCCUACCGCACCGUGCUUGACGUGCUGAGGAACAACUGCAAGAUGGAGGCUCUGUAUGCGAUGACCGCCCACCGCGCGUUCGGCUUCUGCCAGCAGUACAAGCGCACCAACGAGUUCCGCCGCCUGUGCGAGAUUCUCCGCAACCACCUCGUCAACCUCAACAAGUACCGCGACCAGCGCGACCGCCCGGACCUCUCCCUCCCGGAAACCCUCCAGCUGUACCUCGACACGCGUUUCGAGCAGCUGAAAGUGGCAACCGAGCUGGGCCUGUGGCAGGAGGCGUUCCGCUCGGUGGAGGAUAUCCACGGGCUCAUGCUGCUGUCGAAAAAGGCGCCCAAGCCGCAGCUCAUGGCGGUUUACUACGCGCGCUUGACGCGGAUCUUCGCCAUGGCGGCCGGGGAGGGGGAUUCCGCCGGGGCGGAGGGGGGGAGCGGGGGGGGCCGCGCGAGCGGGGGCGCUGCGAACGGGAGCGCGCGGCUGUAUCACGCGUACGCGUGGUAUAAGUUGUACCUGCUGCAGCGGAGCUAUAAUAAGAAUCUUAAGGAUAAGGACCUGCAGCUGCUGGCGUCCGCGGUUGUGCUGUCCGCGCUCGCCGUGCCCCCGUAUGAGCGGUUCGCGGGGAGCGCGGGCGCGGGGCGGGGGGGCGCGGAGGGGGAGCUGGCGCGGGAGAAGGCGGUGCGGAUGGCGAACCUGCUGGGGGUAGUGGUAGAUCCCAAGAAGGACCCGCGGCAGAUGGUGAGCCUGGGGGAGGUGGGGGGCGGGGAGAGGGGAGGGGCGGGAAUAAGGGAGGGGACGGGGAAAGGGGAGAAGGGGGGGUCGGGGGAGGGAGGGGGAAACGGGGAUCGGGCUCUUCUGCAGGAGAUUACGGCCAAGGGCGUGCUGGCGUUCGUCCUCCCCCAAGUGCGCGAGCUGCAUCAUCUGGUCGAAGUCGACUUCCUGCCUCUCGACCUGGCCGCGCGCGUGCACCCGCUGCUGCAGCGCCUGCCUGAGCUGAGCGACGUGAAGCUGUCCGCUGCGUGCCCCGUGCCAAAAGUCGAGCUCCAAACGUACACGCCUGCUCUGCAGCGACUGGCCACCCUGCGCGUUGUGCAGCAGGCAUCUCAAGUGUACGAUGUGAUGACCGUCACGUCGCUCUGUCGCAUGGUGCCGUUCGGCGAUCUCGUCUUUGUGGAGCGCAUGCUCGCAGAGGCCGUGGCUGAGGGCUUUGUGCACGUGCGCCUGGACUUCGUGGAGGGGACCGUCAAGUUUGGCGCUGAUGAGCUCGAGUCUGAUCGCAUACGCAACCACCUGGCCACCAUGGCCCGCCAUCUCGACCGCGCAGUUGCCCUCAUCCGCCUCAAGUCCCCCGCGCCUGUGGAGGAACCUGCCGAGCAGCUGCCGCCCGCGGAGGAGAUCCAGGCGGCAGUGGAGAAGGAGCACCGGCGGCUGAUUGCGCGAAAGACGCUGAUUGAGCGGCGCAAGGAGGAGGCUGAAAGGGAGGUCAUUGAGAAGGAGCGUGAGGAGCAGACGGCAAAGCUGAAGCAGCAGAGGCUGACGGAGGAGGCGGAGGCAAAGCGGCUGGCAGCGGAGUCGGCUCGCAGGGAGGAGGAGCGCAUUCGGCGGGAGAUCGAGGCGAAGGAGCUGGAGGAGGCAAGGCAGCUGCUGCUGGAGGCAGAGAAACGCAAGGGCAAGAAGGGCAAGAAGAACCUCGAGGACACGAUGCGGUUGGACAAGAGGCAGCUGAUGGAGGAGGCGCUCUCAGAGCAGCUCAAGGAGAAGCAGGAGGCGGAGCGGCGCCUGCAGAAGCUGGUGCGCACAUUGGAUCACCUGGAGCGGGCGCGCAGGGAGGAGGAGAAGCCCCUUCUCGAGGCAGCGUACCAGCAGAGGCUGGUGGAGGAGCGGGCGUGGUUCGAGCAGCAGCAGGCAGAGGCAGCUGCGCAGAGCAAGACACAGCACGAGCAGGACCUGGCUGAGAAGAUUCGGCUGUCCCGCAUGCUGGGGGAUAAGGAGGAGUUCCAGGAGCAAGUUGUGGGGAGGCGCCGCGGCGAGUUUGAGCGGCUGAAGCGGGAGAGGGAGGAGAAGCUGGCAGAGCUGAGGGAGCUGAGGCGCACGGAGAGGGUGAUGCUGCGGAAGAGGGAGAUGUUCCGCCGCCAGGAGGAGGCCAAGGCACUCAAGGCCUGGGAGGAGGCUGAGAGGCGCAAGAGGGAAGAGCUGGAGCGCAAGCGCAAGGAGGAGGAGGAGAGGCUGAGGAAACUUGAGGAGAUGGCAGCGAAGCAGCGCCAGAGGGAGCAGGAGGCAGAGGAGAAGGCCCGCAAGGAGCGCGAAGAGCUUCUCGCCGCUGCUGCCGAGCGCAAGACCUCCGCUUUUGUCCCGCCGGCCCUCCGAGCCCGCGCCGGAGGCUCGGCAGCCGGCGAGGCUCCACCGUCCGGACGUGCAGGUGCGGAAGAGGAUCGGUGGUCCAGGGACAGGGCUCCCGCUGCUAGUGCUGCUUCUACUGGGGCGCCUGGGAAAUACGUUCCGCCUGUUAGGGCUAGUGCGGGUGCAGCAGGGGCAGGAGGAGCGGGAGACGGGGGAAGGUGGGGCGGGGAUCGUGGGCGGGAGGGGGAAGACAGCGGUGCAUUUGGCAGGAGGUCGGCUAGGUAUGAGCCUCCUCGUAGCGCUGCUGCUUCCGGUGGUGGUGCCGGUGGUAGAAUGGUGGAGAGGAGCUCGGGCUGGCGAUCAGCUGCUUGCCUCCGCGCGUCAGGAUUGCGGGUGAUAUGGGUGAGAAGGUAA